AUGGAGCUUUCUCAGCUUGGUUUCCUUGAGGAACUAUUAGCUCCAAGAAAAGACACAUGGAGUACUUUAUCCACCGGUUUAAACGACCUACUUCUUCCCAAUGGUUGGAACUUGGACUCAUUUGAUGAAAAUCUACUCCUCAACCCAUCUCUAAACCCUUCAUUUGCUUCGUUUUCAACUCCACUAGACCAUAGAUUUGAAUGCUCUUAUGGAACUGAUGCUGUUUCAUACCCUUUUGUUGAUGGGUUCACUGUUCCAGAGCUUGAUGAUUCAACUCCACUUUUACCACAAGAGGGUGUUGAAGAGUUUGGUUUUGUUGGAAGUGAGGAUAAGGGUUUGGAAGAGAGUACUAAAAUUAGCUGUAAAGUUGAGGAACAAGUGAGUGAGAUUCCUGUUUUUAACAUGGGUUUGUGUGGUGGUAAUGGUCAGAAGAAAGGUAAAUCGAAAAGGGUUGAAGGACAGCCUUCGAAGAAUCUUAUGGCGGAAAGAAGGAGGAGAAAGCGGUUGAAUGAUAGGCUUUCCAUGCUUAGGUCAAUUGUCCCUAAGAUCAGUAAGAUGGACAGAACAUCGAUUCUCGGAGACACAAUUGAUUACAUGAAAGAGCUUCUUGAAAGGAUUGGUAAGUUACAAGAAGAAAUGGAUGAAGGAACAGAUCAGAUAAACCUUUUGGGAGUUUCUAAGGAGUUGAAGCCAAAUGAAGUCAUGGUAAGAAAUUCCCCUAAGUUUAAUGUUGAGAAGAGAGAUCAAGACACAAGGAUUAGCAUCUGCUGUGCCACAAAGCCAGGUUUAUUAUUGUCAACAGUGAACACAUUAGAAGCAUUAGGCCUCGAGAUUCACCAAUGUGUCAUAAGCAGUUUCAAUGAUUUUUCAUUGCAAGCAUCUUGCUCAGAGGUAGCUGGACAGCGAAAUUGUAUGAACCCUGAAGAGGUAAAGCAGUCACUGUUCAGGAAUGCAGGUUAUGGUGGGAGGUGUCUCUAG